AAGAAAGGGACGCCAUCUUUAGCAGGCAGAGUGUGACAUCAGAGCAACGCGUGACGCAUCAGAUGUGUGACGUCAACUGUGGGGUGACGUUGGAUAUGUGUGACAUCAGAGCCCGGGGGUGACGCCGGGCGAGUGAGUGUGACUGGCGGGGAGGGUAGGUCUGGCUGUGCGCGCAUGCGCAUGGCCUGCGAGAGGGGGAGCGUGCGGUUGAAGCGGACGCCAUCGGGACGAGGUAGCGACAAUGUUGAAGGGGUAGGCCUCGGCCUCACCUUACACGUCACAGCGCGCCCGUACACAGCAAACUGAACGGGGGCCCCCCUCACCGACAGCCGGGCCCGGCGGCACUUCAAAGACACAAACGAGAAAUAGAGAGAUCAAGAAAGAGAAAAGCGAUGGACGUGGAUAUGGACUUAGAUCAGGACCUGAUGCAGAAAUUUAGCUGCAUGGGAACCACCGACAAGGAUGUGCUCAUCUCCGAGUUUCAGAGGCUGCUGGGCUUCCAGCUCAACCCGGCCGGCUGUGCGUUCUUCCUGGACAUGACCAAUUGGAAUUUGCAGGCUGCCAUUGGUGCUUAUUAUGACUUUGAGAGCCCAAAUAUAAAUGCACCUUCUAUGUCAUUUGUAGAAGAUGUUACAAUAGGAGAAGGAGAGUCUGUUCCACCUGACACCCAGUUCACCAAAACAUGGAGGAUACAGAACACAGGCACAGAGCAGUGGCCUCCAGGUGUGUCCUUAAAAUACGUGGGAGGUGACCAAUUUGGGCACGUUAACAUGGUGAUGGUCCGAUCACUGGAACCUCAGGAAGUUACUGAUGUCAGCGUUCAGAUGCGAAGUCCAACAACGCCAGCAAUGUACCAAGGACAGUGGCGUAUGUGUACAGCAACUGGACUUUACUUUGGAGAUGUGAUUUGGGUGAUUCUGAGUGUUGAAAUCGGAGGCCUUUUAGGAGUUACGCAGCAGCUUUCUUCAUUUGAAACAGAAUUUUCUUCACAACCCUGUCGCAAGAUUGAAGGCAAUUUUAACCCUUUCGCUUCACCACAGAAAAACCGGCAAUCUGAAGACAACAAUGUGAAGGACCCCGGGGGCCAAAGUACAAAUCCAAUUAGUAAAAAUUCAUGGGGCCCAACUGAAGACCAAAAUGAACAAGAUCAAAAUGGACUGUCGCAGAACUCUGUAAAUAUCUCCCCUAACAGUCACUCUAGCAACUUAUCUGUGGUGACUUACAGUCAGAUGUUGGGGGAAGCACAAAUGACUGAAGUAGUUCAAGAAUGGAACAUAUCUGCAAAAUUUGAGGCAGAUUUGGAGUUUCGAUGGAUGUGCUCUGAAGUUCAAAGGGUUUCCAUGGCCCUUAUCCUUUUGGUCAGUCUUAAAACGGGUAUUGCCAUUGUCCAGCAGCCUCUGUGGGUCUUGGUGUCACUCUGCAAUUUUGCAAUGGCCCCAUCCCCUUUGACCCAACACUGAAAAAUGAUGGCUGGUUGUUUCUAAACAAUGUAUGCAUGUGUGAAUGCUAAAUUAAAGAGUGCUGUAAUUGUUUAAAAAAUGGAUUUUUUAGAUGACAUUGUCGGAAUAAUUAUGUAGUUAAACACAAAGCCAUGUUCAAAUUAUUUUGCCUACUGAGCGACUGUAGUUUAAGCAAAAGAUAAAAAAAAAAUUAUUUUGUAUUUGUUUGUUCAAAGCAUCUUAAUUGUUGGAUUUUUUCCUGUGCGAGUGGGAGUUUGUUCUGUAACCUACAGAGUACGACAUGGAGAAUGCAUGAGUGGAGUAGGAUUGGAUGCAAGAUGAGUAUAACUCACUUUAGAAUGGGAGCAGUUGAUGACAGCACAAUCAAUUGGAGACUUUUCCAUACUGUACAAAUGAAGUUUAUUAAAUUAACACUGAAAAGUCUCUAAUCAAACUUGUGUCUAAUUUUAGAAAUCACGUUCUCAAUUACAGUGGAUACCAACUCGUGGCAAACUUUCAAUUUGUUGAGAAUGUUUUAUUCCAGACUCCAGUUGAUUGCAAAUAUAUUAUUGUGCGCUGAUGGAUUUUUGCUGUGUGUGGAUGAUCUACUAAUUGGAUGAUUUCAUGUUCACCCAAACACCCAAAAAUCACAUCAAUUACUCAUUCAUUUGUUGAAACAACUGAUGUCUCUUACAUCUGAUGUGGGUUUGUUAAAUAUCCAAUACCAUCAAUGCAACUACAUUGCCUAACCUGAGAAAUAUCUCUUCUGUUCUUACAUCUAUUUUUUCGUAGAAGAUUUGCUUAUGGUUCUGUGUAUACCAAGCAAACAUUUCCUGUCCUAUGCUCGCAGUUUAAAAAAAAAUUAUCUUAGAGCUGCUAGCCUUAUAAUGUGCUUUUUGGAACUAUUUUGCAUCACUUGAUUGGUUAAGCAGUGAUGUUCACCUGCAUAUGGUGCUUUGCCUGUAACCAUAUUGAUGCUUAUUAAUAAUACAGAAUUGGUGUAACUUUUAUACCUGUUGCUGAAGAUGGUUCAUAGUAUGUUAGAUGAGGAUACUGAUUGUACAGUGGUUUUGGUGCACCUUCUGUCUCAAGGAGUAGUCGAGCAUGUUUGUACUUUGAAUUCAACGUCAUUUAUGUUCCUGCUUCUAUCCAGACUAUGAACAAUACAGAAUGAAAGUAAGGGCUCUCUCAAAGAGGAAAAAUUAAGAAAACUGUCAUAAUUGUUUCUUUAUGUUUGCUAUAGCUGAUUCCAAAACUGCUGAGACGUGGGAGCAGCUGUCUUUGCAGCAGUGAUGGGGUAUUUGGGAGAAAUCCCGUGAGGUUGAACUUGUAAAGUAAUGGAUCAGCACUGAAAUUUUACUGUGUAGCCAGUGGUUAUUGCACUAUAUUAAAUUGCUUGGAAUUUAGUAAAACCCACAUUUUCCUCCUAAAAGCCCUUCCAAAGAAUAAGUAACUUAGACAUUUGAUGCCAUGUUUCCCAAAGUUGGAAGCACAGUACAGUUUUUAUAAAAUGCAUUUCAUUCUGGAACUACCCCAAGUUGUUCACAAUACUUGUAAGCACUUUUAAAAUUCUUAUACUUUGGUGAGAUAUACCAUUGCAUAUAGAAUACGGUAGAUGAAAAGGAUGCAUUUCGGAUAGGUUUGGUCUUAGGCGUAGGACAAGGGCACUUAACCAUGUAGGAAGAAGUAAGAUCAUAAACAGCAAGCCAAGGUGAAAUGGUUCUGCAACUCUAAGCAUAAUUACUGUUCCUAAGAUACUUUUUAUUUAAUUUCUGUUCAGUGCUAAUGUUUUCGCUUGGGCCUCAUUUCCUAUUUUGUGAAGUCUUCACAAAAAGAACUGCACAAAGGAGCAUCAGAUUGAAGGAAGCACUGGUGAUAUUUUCCUUAUUGGUACUUCAACACUGUAUCAAUUGCUUUCCAAAUGGUAUGAAUAUUCUGCAUCCUGAAGAUGAGGGCAACUGUUAAUGAAGAUGUGUGCUGUAGCCAAAUACUACUUGAAGACUUCUGCGUUAACCUGUUCUGUAACACUUCUAGGAAGAAAGCCAUUUGAAUUGUCCAAAUACUAAAUAAAUAAAUUGGUGGUGA